AUGGAUAGAUUAAGGUUUAAAUGUAAGAAGGGAGGGGUUAAAAAAAGUGAAGGGUCUAAUGUUACUGGUUGCAAAAUGUUUGUUUAUGGUAGAGUGAAAAAUGGAGAGUUCGUACUUGUUAGUUGUGAUUUAAAGCAUAAUCACCCUCUAAGUCCCGAUUGUAGUAGAAUGAUGGUUAAUUAUAGAAGCAUUGAUGGACCGACCUUUGAUAGGAUAAUGAUAAAUGAAAGGGCCGGUGUUAACAUCAGUAGAAACUUCGGGACGCAAUUGAUUGAAAAAGGUGGUUUUGAUAAUAUGACGUUUAACAAAAAGGAUGUGAGGAACGCCAUAGCUGUUGAACGUCGUAAAACAAUGUUUGAAAAAGGAGAUGUUGCGGGUCUUGAAGAGUAUUGUAUGCCAUUUGCUCCCUUUGUUGGCGUCAACCAUCAUGGUAAAUCGAUAGUCUUCGCUGCCGCUUUAAUCUCACACGAAGACACUGAAUCAUUUAUUUGGGUGUUUGAGGAAUGGCUGAAGUGCACGGGGAAGCCUCCCAAAGGCAAGCUUGCAGAAUGGAAAAGCAUUGAUACACUCAUCCGAACAGCUGUCCACGAUAUGCUUGAUCCUAAUGAGUUUGAUGAGGUUUGGUGCCUUGUGAUGGACAAAUAUAAUCAACGUGGUAAGGGGUGGAUGCAGGAUGCGUAUGAUAACCGUCGGCAAUGGGCACCAGCCUACAACAGAGGCACAUUUUGGGCUGGAAUGUCAUCUACCCAAAGAAGUGAAGGUAUGAAUCGUUACUUCAAAAUUCAUGUAAACUUAAAAUGUGGAUUAGUCCAGUUUAUUAAGAACUACGAGUUUUGUAUGAAUAUAAAGGUUGAGGAAGAGAAGGAGGAUAAUUUUGAUAGUGUAGAUACGCCUCCUCAACUUGAUGUGGAUAAGAGUGUGUUAGCCGAGUAUGUUUUCCAUAAGGUUUACACGAACGCGAUGUUUGCUGAUGUUGUGCAUGAGCGUAAAGGUUUAACCCACACAAAUGUUACCAGAACUGAUUCACUAGAGCCACUUGUAUUGUAUAGAGCAGAUGAGAAACUAACCUCCCCCCAUUGGAGGAAAAGGUAUAAGAGCUAUAAUGUUAAAGUAGAUAAGGUUAAAGGGGAGCUAAGCUGUUCAUGCCAGCUAUGGAGGAAGCAAGUUAGGUCAUACGAGAGCAUUAGGGUUUCAUACUAUGAUCCGGAAGAAUCUAAACGGCUAGCAAAAGCUAAAGAGCUCACUCAAAGGCAUAAUUAUUUGAGAGAAUUAGCCAUGCAUAAUGAGGAAGCCUACAAGUUGUAUACGGAAGCUACUGAUGCCCUUAGGAUAAAAAUGGAGGAUGUGGUGGGUAUUCGAAAGACUGGCAAUGUAGGGGAUAAUUCAAUUUGUUGGUGGGAUCCCGAUGCACGUAAUGUGUUUGGUCGUCGUAGGUUAUGCCCAAGAGAGCAUAAUGAACGCGCCCUGAAAAGGGUAGCUCAACCUCCUGAAGAAGGUGUGAUUAAAACACCCGUUGACAAGAGGCAUGAACUUAUCAGGUCUACCUAUGGGCAUAUUCCUAGCUACCGGGAUAGACAAGAACACGCGAACAACGUUCACGACGCACGUGUAAAUCUUUCUUACAAUGGACCCGUGUUAGAAGACAUUCCUGAAAGCUCUCAAAUUAAUUUGUCCGAAGAUUUAUCUCAAACUUUUGAUUACGAUGCGUUUGUAUGGCGCAAAAGACCUGGAGGCCGGAUGACGUUGUAG